AUGAAUAAUAAUAAUAAUAAUAAUAUUAAUUUAAAAAAAAAGGUGACACUAACAUUUGCGAUGGGACCAGAGUAUACAACUACUUUAGAAACACUAACUAGGGAAAAAGGAUCAUACUUUGAUCGUUUACUGGUACCUGGUACUGAUCUAUCUAAUAAGAUAUUUGUUGAUAGAGAUGGAGAGCUAUUCCAGUAUAUCCUCAGAUAUCUUUGGGAUUUAGAUAGAUCUGUAUUCCCAAAAGACCUUCAAAGGGAUAUCAAAAGAGAACUAAAGUUUUACAAAAUCAAUGUACUAACUUGGUUUGACGAAACUAAACAAAAGAUAUGCACAGUUCCCGACACAAUCUCUAAACAAUAUAGUAGAUCGAAAAAGGCUGCAUUCAAUAUGUUUGACUGUAUCUAUACAUGGCUUUGUUUGGUUUUAUCAAAAGUUGCAAAGGCAAUUGGUUCCUUUAUCAACUUUGUAGGGUUUCUCUUGCUCGAGACCAUAAAGGGUAUUCUUUUACUUGCCUUGUUUUUAAUGACUAGUUUCUUAUCAAUCAAUUCAACUUUGGGUAAUAGGAGACAAAAUUUAGCAUCCGGUUUUGUGUUUUUUAAAGAUAUCACCUUCUUCCUCAAACAUUAA